AGACUUGUAAUAUAACUAGCCAAUCAUAACGUCUCGUUUGUGAAUGUUUGAUUGUCGCCAAAUUGGUAUGACACGAGCUAACAGGUCCACAACCUGAUAUAUAACGGCAGACAAACUCUCGUCAGUUUUAGCAUUUACAGUUAUUUGUCAUCUGCUCCCGUCUUAACCUGGCAUAGUCUUAACGACGACGAGGAUUAACCCAUAACAGAGAGGAAUUAAAACUUUACGGUGUGGAUUAGUAGAACACUUCGGACUUCCCGACCAAGAGGAGCGACAGGCACUGAGUGUGUUACCAACGGUAGAUCACGAUAUGACAGACGGCGGUAACAAUCCUCCAGCAUUGGAGGAGAAAUUGGCACAAUUUCAAAAUGACACCGUCGAAGAUAAAGAUCGUGAUCCGGUCAGUGUGAGUGAGUGUAUGUCACAACUGGAUAAACGACGCAGAAAUCUUAUUUUCGACGAAGAAAGAUUCGAAGAAACCUUUUUGAAAUGUAUGAUCUGUAGGGAAAAUUACAAUGAUUAUGACAAACUACCCAAGAUGCUGCCGUGUCAUCAUACUUUCUGUCUUGAUUGUCUCAUGCAAAUGUUCCGUGUCGAGGGCGAAUACAGACAGACGCUGACGUCUGCUUUCCGUGGAAUGCCAAUGGCCGUGAAAAUCCAGUGUCCAUCUUGUCGAGAAGGUAUAAUUGUAUCAGAAGCCGAGUUACGUCGAUUACCCAGCGACCAUACCAUCACUGAACUUGUCUGCUUCGUGAAAUCAACAGGAAAGACAGACGUUCAGUACUGUUCCAAACAUCAACUUCAACCAUUGAACUUUUUCUGUGAGCCCUGUAUUCAACCAGUUUGUUGUGAUUGUACCGUCAUUGACCACAAAGAGAAGGCAGGUCAUCUUGUUAUCAAUGUUGACGAAGCUAUGAAGAAGUAUAAACCGAAAGUAGAAGAGACGAUAGAAUUGAUGAAGAAAGAUCUCGAAGAGCUGGUAGAAAAGCAAGAAGCUAUCAGCAAAUCUAACGAAAGCUUGGAGCAAAUUCAAACAGAGCUAAAUCGGCAGAUCAAAUCCACGUUCGACAGAAUCCGGGAAACUUUGGAUGAACGGGAGAAAGAACUGUUCGAUUCAGCAGAAAACGAAAUACAGAAAAAGGGCAUUCAGCUGGAGAAACGGCGCGUAGCGUUAGCUGAUCGUGAAACGGAGGUUGCCACAGAAGUGAGAGGUUUGGAUGAUGCUUUGAAAGAGAAAAACAUUAGUUUCCUGUUUACCGGACACAAGGAAGCCCAAAAGGUUCUUAAUAAGACAGUACAUAUACCUCCCGAUACCACUAAUGAUUUCAGUGUCUCCUUUCAGUUCAAUAGCCGCCAGGAGCUCACUAUACGACAACAACUAAAUAACUUUGGAGAAAUUGUGUUUACAUCAUGAAUGAACUCGGUCCUGACAAAAUUAAGAUUAAACUAGCUGUAGUGGGGUAUCAGUAAUCCUGCUUUCCGUGUGCUUUUGUGGGUCGGUGGAUUGACUAUCAAGGCAGAUUUUGUGGACGAUAUAAAACUGCUUUCAGUGUUAACAAAAGCCUAUAUAGAUUCCUAUUAGGUAAUCGAACAAUACUAUGUUAUAAUUAUUUAUAUAAUUUAUCAUAAGAUAUUCACAUGAUUAUAAUUCCAAUUAGAUAAUAUAUUAUUAUUUAUGGUAUUUACUGGCAUUUCUGAUACCACAUCGGUGUUAUGGGCAUAAGUGUACUGUAUCAAAAUUGCAUAUCAUGUCGUAAUUAAGCGAAUACGCAAAGGUCAGCAUGCACAUCUGACGUGUCACAUUUCGUGUUUUAUGUUGUGACGUGUUAUUAUUUGUGCACAUCAGUUCUGUGUUGUUUAUUGUUGUAUAUUUGGAUGAGGCCGUGGAGUUCUAAUUCGUUAGGUCAUCAUGAAUGCAUAAAGCAUUUAAGGUCAUCACGAAUUAUAUCAAAUAUUUGAAUAUAUAAGAUGGUUGUGUUGUGAUGUCUACAAGACGUGAUCUACGUACUUAGCCUAUACAUAAAAAGGCUACUUUGAAAAGCGUACUUAUGCAAAUACUGCUUAGAUGAGCUUACUGAAUUAUCACAAUACAAAAGCAAUGAAAAUCAUAAGUUUUUAUGUUUUGUAAACUUACCAUUAAAUGCAGCCGGAUAUGAAAUUGUUAGCAGUGUGAACUACCCAAAUGUUCGAAGUUGCAUCAUGUGUACUUAACCCAAUCAUUACUAGCUAAUCAGUAAGUGUCUUUAAACUUCUCAUACCCCUUUGGUGCAAUAUAUAUGUUCUUUGUCAUAAUAGACCGCUGUUAUGUGAUAUCAAUGUAUCUGGUAAUACUAUAUGCCUGGAGAAUAUUUAAAUAAAUUCUUAUACCUCAGUGAUAUAUAUAUCUUCAGUAUCAUAAAUUUGUGGAUAUUUUGCAUAUUAUUAUGUAAAUGUGUUAAGUUAAAUCCGUCGAAAAGAAUUAAACACCCUGCCUUACUUCAGUAGCUUUGUAUAUUAGUAGUGGUAGUUUAGUUCAGUAAUUAUAUUAGGUUAUUAUCACACACCCUUUGUUAAUUUUGUAAAGUAUGCCUAAUUUAUAUGUAAAAUUAAAUUACAAAAAAACAUCA